AUGGAUUAUUGUCAGAACCAAGAUGAGAAGGCUUUGGACGAUGAUAUUUGCGAUUUGAGACGAGUCAGAUCGCAUCAGAAUGUCAACGAUGUUAGUUCUGUCGAGGAUGAAACGUUGCACGAUCACCACAACCAUCAUCACCAUCAUCAUCACCAUCGUCAGCAUCACCAUCAACGUGAAACCGAGGAUAUUGAACUACGAGUUGUUAAAUCACCGAGUAAUCAUCAUACGGAGACGAUGGAAUAUGCAUCAGAUUCUAGCAGUGAAAGUUAUCGAGAGUAUCAUCAUCAUCAUCAUCAUCAUCAUCAUAAUCAUCAUAAUCGUCAUAGUACUCAACGUAUAGAUAGAAUAAACGUGUCACCGGAAGACGAACAGGAUAACGAUAAGGAUAAUGACAAAAUUAUCGAAGGACAAUUUGUCAGACCUACGGCUAUUCCUGCUACACAUUCAAACGUUAGUGGUAUGUUGUACGCCCACACAGCUAUACCUUACACCGAUGGAACCCUUUCGGAUCAUUCGAGUUACACGACGACUUCAUUGGCAUCUGCAUCCCUCUUGUACAGCAGUUGGUUCGCACAAUCUAAACCUGCUCAACUUUUUGGUCUUCAAGCACCAAAACCUAAUGGCAGGCGUUCAAGAAAACCGGGAAUCGAUAGAAAACCAAGACAAGCUUACAGUGCUAAACAAUUGGAAAGAUUAGAAGCAGAAUUUAAGAUCGACAAAUAUUUAAGUGUGAGCAAACGAAUGGAAUUGUCAAAAUCAUUAAAUUUGACCGAGGUACAAAUCAAAACUUGGUUUCAAAAUCGUCGCACAAAAUGGAAGAAACAAUUGACGUCUCGACUGAAGAUAGCACAGAGACAAGGAUUAUUUCCACCAACAUAUUUUCCACCAAAUCAGUACCCUUUGUUACCCUAUUACGCUGCACCCUUAAUGUUUGCGAACCCUUCGCUGGAUGAUACCAACAGCAACGUUACAACGAUACAACAGCGUCCUGUAUUACCAUCGUCCGAUACUGUUUGAACAAAAUUC